AUGUGGGUAGAGACGGCUUGGUGCCCCAUGAGCAUCGAUCGUGGUAUCGUCACUAUCAUGAUGGAUGCAGCAUUCGAAAAAGGGACUACAAAUCCCAAGGACAGAGUGAUGAUCAAUGCCAAAGAUCCUAAGCUUGAGGAAAAUCCUCAUUCUCCAGUGUACUCAGCUGAGGGUGCUAACUGGAGCGAGGAAGGGGAGAUUGUGGAGCCUGAGGAGGAGGGACCGGAAGAGGAUCAGGAGAUGGAAGACCCCAAAGAAGAGCUUAAAGAAGAAGAACCGGAAGAGGAACCAGAGGAGGAUCCAGAGGAUGAUCCAGAGUAUGACCCGGAUGAGGACUGA